AUGGACUCGCAAAGCAAGGACCAAGGCCAGAAUAACGAACAGCAGAUUCCCCGAACGCCACCACGACGUAUUGUCUCAGGGCUACAGUGCCUGAACUUAGUCUACGCUCCCCAGCCUGCGACCUCGAGUGCUAAUAUGGAGCAACAACCGCCCCAAGCGUCACAUGAACGUAUCCUCCCCGGACUUGGGAGCUUGAGCUUAGACUCGCCGUCCCAGCAGAAGGCGUCUGAGAGCCCAAAAAAGACCAAGCGGGAGCCUUAUCAUGUUCCUGGCUUCAUUGUAGAAGACUACAGUGAUGGCGAGCAAGAGACUCGAAAAAGUGCAGCAACAACAAAGGAGCCUACCGACCCUUUGGCCUUCUUCACUGAAUCUCUUGGUCGCCAGCGAGAGGGCGAGUCUAACAAACCAAUAGGCCAUGAUAGCGAUGACGAGCUUGAUCGGAUUCUAUUCGGAGGAACACCACCCAAGCCCAAGGAAAGUCGUCAGAACGUGCCACGCCAAAGCACGCCCCCAAGUGGAUACGACUUUGAUAUCGACCUUUUGGCCGAGCAAGCAGCCCCUGACGGUGUAGAAAUGCAGCCGGACGCCCAGGAGUCGCGUCAAGCCACAUGUCCAGGUGGGUAUGAAACUCCUGUGGACUCUAACCCUUCCGGCCAGGCCCAGGGAGAAGAUUUUGGCGACGUGGAAAUGAGCGAGGACGACCAGCAACCUCGUCAAAGCGCACCUUCAAGCGGACAUGUAGAUCCUGCGUGCUUCGACACCUCGGUUUAUACGCAGCUUGCACCUCCUGACGAUGUGCAAAUGAGCGAAGGCGAAAGCCAGGAUUGCCAGCAGCAGGUUCCGCAAAACCCAGCACCGGCUGGCUUCUCGGCUGCCCAAGGUUUCAAUGUAUGCCUGCCCCAAGAAACUCAUGGUGAUGUGACAAUGAGUGACGUCGAUCAGGAGGUUUUUCAAAACCUCUCGCAGAGCGACCAUUCAUAUCCCCCGUCGCUAAACGGCGCCUUUCUGGCUCAGCAAGCAACCUCCGUCGAAAUCACAAUGGGCGAGAGCGAAAGUCAGGAUUCCAGGCAGGUUCUUCAAAGCCCAUACCCGCCUGUCGUGUCACAGCCUCCGAAUUUUACGACCGCGCCCCUGUUCCAGCCUGCUCCUAACGUCGGAGUACAAUUUAAUGCUUGCACUCAGACAACUGGGGCCCUGGACACAAAUCAGGGUCAGGCUGUUGGACUGCAAACAUUGCCGUUGUCGCUUGCUAACCCGCCGCUCCCUCCAGUCUCGCCUUUCGACAACGGUAAUCCUUAUUGCCCUGGAUUCGACAUUAGCCGGCCGUUCGUCUCUGCGUACGCGAAACCCGCGCCUCCCAAGCCCGAGUCCCAGCCCCUGGCAAUCCCAAUAUCCAAGCCGAAGCCCAAGUUCGUGCCAGCACGGCCCAGCUGGCAAAACCAUUCGGUCUAUGGAUAUCUCGGUGGUGGUUUCAGUGCUGCACUUCCAAAGGAAGCUAGCACGGACGCAUCGCGUAACGACGUAUCGGCGUCACAGCCGCUCGUGCCGACCCCGGACUCUGAUCCCCAAAGCGACGAAUCAAAACGCCAACAAGGAUGUGACGGAGACACUGUUGUGUCUGGCAAGACACAAAAGCUCUCUCCGGUCAAGCGGAAGAUCGAUGAGGUUGAGGAUCCAAUGCAGAACGAGAUCGACACAGGGCGGGCAAGUCGAUCCCCAUUGGUGGAGCUCAAGCUGGCGAAUACCGUCUCUCUUGGAACUGUUGCGAAGUGUGCUUGUCAGCUUUCAGGGUCUGAAGGAUCUAAAGCCGACGCAGGAGAUUUUGUGAUGCAGCCAAUUCCCGGAAGCUGGCCGCGUACCCCAACGCGUCCAUCUCCCAUCAAUCACGAUCUCUCCAAGGAAGCUUCUGGCAAUGCGUCCGGCGUAUGUGCCAAGUGCAAACAUGGCAAUGCCAUGUCGAGUUCGUCCUUUGUGCCCUCGCCAAUUCCUGCACAAAAUCAACCAACCUGGGUGGUGUACGCCAAGAGAAUCCUCGGAACCGUCAAACGCCAGGUCAGCGAAUUCUGCAAAGCCUGUCCCCCGGCUCGCAAAUUCAUGACCUGGUGCGAAUACAGAAAGAGACAGCGAGAGGAGCAACGGAACCAGCGCCAAUCCCAAGUUCCAGUUGUUCACGUAACCCCGGCCUCGCUCCCAACGGUUACACCACCCGGUGUUGUCACGCCGCCGACUCAUGUCUCGAGUCGUCGAUCUACCGAGCCGCGUCCAACGAGCAAGGCUGUCCGAAAGGACAAGGCGCCGUCCCAGCGUGCCAAAUCCAAAGAUUCCGUCCAGGGAAUCUCCAGCGGACGCGUCAUGAAAAGCGAAGCUAGUUGGAGAGGUAGUAGAUCGAUCCAGAGCACCAGCGAGCCCGGCCCUAGGCGCCAGCCAAACAACCGAACACCCUUUAGGGGCUUCGGUCGGUCUAGGGCAGCGAGAGAGCAGGUGCGUCAAGAGCUCGAGACAAAGAUGGCGGCAUGGUUCACCUCGUCCCCCCGCCCGAAUCUUCCAUCUCUCCAGGAAGAGAUGUUGCCAGUUCAGCCUGAGACACCGGCCGGAACCCCUCUGACUAUUGUCGAGGCCCAAGGUGUUGCCUCUGCUGAACCAACAGCAAUAUCUCAACCUGCGUCUCCCGUCGCCGAGCCGGUCCGCCCCAGUGAAGAACCGCGGACCAAACAGAAGUCUGUCCAUUGGUUGCCAUCCACGACCCCGCGUGGACGUCCAAUCUCGUCAGUCAGGGUUUUUGACCCACAGGCUUCUGUUUUCUCGGUGGCAGCCAAAAGGGAAGAUUCGAAACGCCCAGCCGGUCGACCAACCCCCCGAAUCCGUCAAGGCCCGAUCAUCCGACCACUCCCGGCCAAGUGGGAGUCGAAAGUCGAUACGGCACUGUCCCAACCCGACAGUCGUCAGCUCGGCACCACACUCAGUGGAGAUGCCCUGACACGCCGUGACUUUGCGACGUGCGCAACACCGUUGGCUUGGCUCAACGAUGAAAUCAUCAAUGCGUACCUCGCAUUAAUUAUCGACUACGCUCGUCGGUCAUCGGGUAAUUUGGGAAGGCACCACCAGCCAAAGCACCACGCCUUCAAUACCUUUUUCUACUCUAGCCUUCGUGACAAAGGCUACGAGUCCGUACGGCGUUGGGCAUCUCGUGCCAAAAUUGGGGGUCCAUCAUUGUUGAGAGUGGAGUCAGUUUUCGUGCCCAUUCAUAACCAUGCGCAUUGGACUCUCAUGGUGGUCAAACCGGCUGUUCGAACGAUCGAACAUUUUGAUUCCCUCGGCGGCAGCUCUUCCGCCUACGUCGCCAAGAUCAAAGAGUGGCUCCGAGGUGAAUUGGGCAAUCUCUUCGUCGAAGAAGAGUGGCGGGUUCUCCCAUCGACCUCCCCGCAGCAGAAUAACGGCAGCGACUGCGGUGUGUUCCUUUUGACGACCGCCAAGUUGGUGGCGUUAGAGCAGCCCCUGUCCUACGGGCCAAGAGACAUACCCGCGAUCCGCAAGAGGAUAGUUGCCGAGCUGAUGAACGGGGGUCUAGAUGGAGAUUUCGACCCGAAACGAGAGUUCGAUGUUAGAUCGUUGCUGUAA